UCUUAUGGUUCUGCUGACUAGCUUAAGUAAGUCGAUGCUUGCAAAUUGUGACUCUGAUUCUCUUUGUGAAGAGAGGAAAAAUUAAUCAUGGCUUCAAGAUCAAUUCUACGGAGAAGGAAGUUUGUCUCUGCUUACCUUAAUGUCUCUGCACGCUCAAUUCAAAGUUUUCAAAUUCUUGGUCAUGGACAAUCCAAUCAGUAUGUGGAUUCUCGUGGUUUGAGCUCUGGUGCAAAUCAUCCUUCUGGAGAUAUUUUUUGCAUAAAGGAUGGGGAUGCAGGUUCAGCUGUGAAUGAGGAUUUACUAAAAUUUUCGGCAUUGGGAAUCUUUAAGCAUAGAUGCUAUGGAGUUACGGCAUCCGGUCAUGUGAAUGGAAGAUCACAAUUUAUUCUCCCCAUGGGGAUGAGGUUGAUGCCGCAAUCUAUACAUUAUGCUUCGACAGCCACGGCAGGUAAGCCUGACUUGGGUAGCGAUGAUGAAGAUAAGGAGGAACUAGUUGCUGAAAAGAGAAAAGAAGCAUCUCCGGAGGAAUGUGAUCAAGCUGUUGAAGGUCUGAGUACUGCCAAGGCCAAAGCUAAAGCCAAACGAUUGCAAGAAUCUGAAAAGGUUGCUAAGUCUGCUUUACAAAGAGUAUGGGCCACACUCCUGGGAAUUGGCCCAGCUUUGAGAGCUGUUGCUUCGAUGAGCAGGGAAGAUUGGGCAAAGAAGCUAAGUCAUUGGAAAAAUGAAUUUAUAUCAACACUGCAACAUUAUUGGUUGGGUUGUAAGCUACUGUGGGUUGACGUGAGGAUCAGUUCAAGGUUGCUGCUUAAACUUGCUGGUGGGAAGAGUCUCACCAGGAGGGAGAGGCAACAGCUAACCCGAACCACAGCUGAUAUUUUUAGACUAGUUCCAUUUGCUGUUUUUAUCAUUGUCCCAUUCAUGGAAUUCUUGCUCCCAGUUUUCUUGGCGGUAUUUCCCAACAUGUUACCAUCAACAUUUCAAGAUAAAAUGAAAGAACAGGAAGCAUUGAAAAGGAGGCUAAAUGCAAGAAUAGAAUAUGCAAAAUUUCUCCAGGGGACUGUUAAAGAAAUGGCGAAGGAAGUCCAAAGCUCACGGAGUGGAGAAACUAAGAAAACAGCUGAAGAUCUCGAUGAAUUUUUGACCAAGGUUAGAAGAGGUGCUGGUAAUUUUAUUGACGAAAUUUUGAGCUUUGCUAAGUUGUUCAACGAUGAACUCACACUGGAUAAUAUUAGCAGGUUGAGCUUUAGUAUCAUUGAUUGUGCAUUAUGCUGUAUCCUAGCUAUUUUAUGUAGGUUUACUAUCAUACCACCAAUUAUUGUUGUUAUUAUUGUUUGUUUUGUAUGGAUAAAGAACGAUGAUAAAAUGAUACAAGCGGAGGGUUUGGAGUCUCUUUCAGAAGCUGAACUUCGUGAAGACUGUAGAGAGCGAGGCAUGCUUGGUUUACUUUCAGUUGAGGAAAUGCGCCAACAGCUCCGUGAUUGGUUGGAUUUGUCUCUCAAUCACUCAGUACCAUCUUCACUUUUGAUCCUCUCCAGAGCCUUCACUGUUUCUGGUAAGUUAAAGCCGGAGGAAAUCGUUGGGGCUACAUUGUCUUCACUUCCAGAUGAGGUUGUCGAUACUGUUGGUAUCGUAGCCUUACCAUCUGAAGAUUCUGUUUCAGAAAGGAGGAGGAAAUUGGAGUUCCUUGAAAUGCAAGAAGAACUUAUCAAGGUUAAUAAUCUUGUGGUUUAUUUUAUUGCCAAUUAACACGCUCUUUGACUUUUUGACCAAUCAUUCUUUUGGUGACAAUAUGCCAAGAUAAUUCUACUUUCAAAUUUUACUGCUUUUGCCUUGUAUUGACAGCUAGUCCUGAUGUCUUCACUUUUGUUCCUAUCAUGGGAACUUGAAUCCUGAAGCAAAAAAUGGAA